AUGACCGAUUUUGACAACGCGGCCCGGGGAUUCCUAGGCACCAUCGAGCCAUGCAUCAUUCAGAAUACGGCCGGUCGCACGAUCUGGAGCCUCACAGACUACGCAUUCCUCUCUCAUGACUGCCCUGACACCGUGAAUCCAAAACUUUGGCGCCAGGGGCAACUCACUGCUCAUCAUGGUCUUUUCGAAGUCUCCAAGGGAAUUUAUCAAGUGCGGGGCUUCGACAUCUCAAACAUGACGAUCGUUGAGGGGCGUACAGGCGUUAUCAUAAUCGACCCUUUAGUAUCUUGCGAGUGUGCGGCUGCAGCUUUCUCACUUUACAAGAAGCAUCGCGGUGAUCGGCCUCUGGUUGGCCUAAUCUAUUCCCAUUCUCACGUGGACCACUUCGGCGGCGCAAGCGGCAUCUUGCCUGAGGGCACGGAGAAUUCUGUUCCGAUAAUCGCUCCAGAGGGCUUCAUGGAAGAGGCUACGAGUGAAAAUAUCUAUGUCGGGCCGGCUAUGCGACGCCGGGCCAGAUACAUGUAUGGAACGAGUCUUCCCAAGAGCGCCGAGGGACAGGUUGGAUGCGGCUUGGGAUUGGCGACAUCUCAAGGUACCACGUCACUUGUCCCGCCGAAUGUUCUAGUCUCAAAAACAGGCGAGGAGAAAUGUGUGGAUGGUAUUCGGAUUAUCUUCCAAAUGGUGAAUGGAACCGAAGCUCCAUCAGAAUUCAACUUCUAUUUUCCGGAUAGCGAGGCCCUUUAUAUCUCCGAGUGUGCUACCCAUUGCAUGCAUAACAUCAUCACACUGCGCGGUGCAUUGGUUCGUGACGCAAAGGCCUGGUCUCGCCACCUGGAUGAAAGCAUUGCGCUCUUUGGCGAGAAAGCAUCGGUUCUCUUCGCGGGUCACCACUGGCCAACCUGGGGCCAGAAGGGUAUCAUCAGGAUUCUCACCGAGCAACGUGACAUGUAUGCCUUUAUGCACGACCAAACGGUGCGCCUGAUGAAUGAAGGCUUGAAUGGAAUUGAGAUCGCCGAGGUCCUGAAGUUGCCAUCAGCGCUUGAUAAUGCCUGGCAUUUGCAAGGGUACUAUGGCUCGCUCAGCCAUAACAUCAAAGCCAUUUACCAGCGGUAUAUGACUUGGUUUGAUGGAAACCCGGUCAAUCUGUGGAAGCAUCCUCCUACCGAAGAAGCAAAACGGUAUAUUGACUGCAUGGGUGGGGUAGACAGAGCUGUCAAGCUAGCAGAGAAUUAUGCCUCCAAUGGCGAUCUGCGCUUCGCUGCUACACUGUUGGGCCAUGCGGUUGCAGCGGAGUCAACUCAUAAUGGGGCUCGUACUCUGCUUGGUUUUGUUUUCACUAAAUUGGGACAAGGAUCAUUAAAUGGAACAUGGCGCAACUUUUACCUCACUGGAGCGCAAGACAUGAAAAUCAACCAAAAUCAAAAUACAGGCUCAUCGAAGAUGACUAAGCCUAAGCUAGAUUCAUUGCUGAGUGUGGAACAAUGGCUUUCAGCACUUUCGGUACAGAUUGAUGGUCCACGGGCAGCUGACGAAUUCCUGGUCAUCGAUAUCCGGGUCAAAGAUUUGAAUGAGACAUGGAGACUUAUUCUCAGCAACGGAGCGUUGACCUACCGAGUGCUCUCUGCUCAGAUCCCAGCAUCGGAGAAGGCUAUACUGCGCCUGGAUGUGACCAAAGAGGAACUCCGUCAAAUACUCAUUGGAGAGAUGACACCAGAAGGCAAGGCUGUUCAUGGGGAUGCGGAGACAUUCCAGAGGCUAUUGCAAUUCUUUCCGUGGGGUUCGAAAUCUAGAUACAACAGCCAUCUAUGA